AUGGGAGAUCAAAAUCAGCUUCUUAAGGAUUUCGCAGCCCCAAAUGCUCAAGGCACACAGUCAAGCAUUACAAGGCCCAAUGUUGAAGCUAAUAACUUUGAGCUGAAACCAUCACUGCUCUCAAUGGUUCAACAGAAUCAGUUUGGAGGAGGUGCUACUGAAGACCCGAACCUCCACCUGUCGAUUUUCUUGGAGUAUUGUGACACUUUGAAACUUAAUGGAGUGACCAAUGAUGCUAUUCGACUCAGAUUAUUUCCGUUCUCUCUAAGGGACAAGGCUAGGGCUUGGUUGCACUCAUUGCCAGCUGGGUCCAUCACCACUUGGGAUCAAUUGUCCAGAGUAUUUCUUGCAAAGUAUUUUCCUCCAAGUAAAACAGCACAGAUGAGGAACCAGAUCACAAGCUUUGUACAGAAGGAAGGAGAGUCACUUUAUGAAGCUUGGGAACGCUACAAGGAAUUAUUGAGGAUGUGCCCUCACCAUGGACUGGAGAAGUGGUUAAUUGUUCACACCUUCUACAACGGGCUCACUUACAACACACGGAUGACUGUUGAUGCUACUGCAGGAGGAGCUUUGAUGAACAAAACAAUAGACGAGGCAUACACUCUCAUUGAAGACAUGGCUCAGAAUCACUAUCAAUGGGCGAACGAGCGUGCUCCUCAGACAUCAAAAGGAGGCAAGUAUGAAAUAGAUGCUUUAGACCAUAUAUCCUCUAAAGUUGAUGCUUUAUUUAAGAAAGUUGAAGGUUUGAGUAUUAAUUCUGUGGCGUCUACUUCAAUUUCAUGUGAGAUAUGUGGCUAUGUGGGUCAUUCUGCACUUCAAUGUCAAUUAGGAAACCCCCCAUCCAUUGAUACUUCUGGUAAUGAGCAAGUUAACUAUGUUAAUAACUUUAAUCAGAAGGGAGACCCAUUCUCCAAUACUUAUAAUCCGGGGUGGAGGAAUCAUCCUAAUUUUUCUUAUAGAAACCCACCUGGAAAUCCCAUGCCUGCAUCUAAUUUUGGUCCACCUGGUUUUCGUGCUCCUCAAUCCAAUUUCCCUUCUCAAAAGUCAAAUUUGGAAAAUAUGAUGGAGAAGUUUGUGACGACUCAAUCAAAAUUGAAUGAAGAGUUUAAGCAGCAACAACAAACCACGAAUGAGGUGGUGAAACAAUUGGCCUCUAAGAUGGAUUCCCUAGCUACGCAUAACAAGAUGUUAGAGACACAAAUCACCCAAUUGGCACAAAAUGUUAGCUCUUCCUCUAGGCCUUCAGGCAUGCUACCUGGACAACCCGAGACAAAUCCCAGGAGUCAUGUGAAUGCUAUAACUCUUAGAAGUGGAAAACAAUAUGAGGGACCCAAGAUGAAGGAAAAUGAUGGGGUGGAUGGUCAUCAUGAAGAAAAAAAUGAAAAUGUGAUAGAUGUGGAUAAUGAGACCCAAACGCAAGAAGAAGAAAAAGUUGAAAAAUAUGUGGCCCCCGCUCCUUACAAGCCUCCUCUACCAUUUCCCCAAAGGUUAGCUAAGGCUAAGUUAGAAAAGCAGUUCGGAAAAUUCUUGGAGAUUUUAAAAAAAUUGCACAUCAAUAUCCCGUUCACUGAAGCUAUCUCUCAAAUGCCUUCAUAUGCUAAGUUCUUGAAAGAGAUCCUAUCCAAUAAAAGGAAGUUGGAAGAAUACGAGACUGUGGCCCUUACUGAGGAGUGUAGUGCUAUCAUCCAGAAUAAGCUGCCUCCUAAGCUUAAGGAUCCAGGUGCUAUAAUUGAUGUUAAAAAUGAAAGGCUUUCUUUAAAUAUUGGAGGGGAGACGGUAGAAUUUGAUUUAAGUAAUACUAUGAAACUCCCUCUAACUGAUAAAAUUUGUUACAGGGUCGACGUCAUUGACAAGUGUACACAUGAGCAAAUUGCAAACAAUAACUCAGCUGAUCCACUUGAGAAAUGUUUGGUAAGUGAUGGUUCAAUAAAUGAUGAAGACCCCGAGGUAGCCGCGUAUGCUCAAUCUUUAGAAUCAACAUCAACUGCUCCACUUCGAAAUGCAAAGCUUGAAAGAUUGAUGCUAGAGCCAAAAGGUUCUAUUUGUGAAGAGGAUAAUGCACCAAAGGUAGAAUUAAAACCCCUCCCUUCCUCUUUAAGGUAUGAAUUUCUUGGCCCUGAUUUUACUUAUCCUGUGAUUGUGAAUGCAUGUCUGAAUGAAAAUGAAACUGAUAAGUUGCUUAGAACACUUAGGAUGCAUCGCAAGGUCAUAGGAUACACCAUGAACGACAUUAAGGGAAUUAAUCCAUCAAUUUGCAUGCAUAGAAUUCUCUUGGAAGAUGAUCAUAAACCCUCUAUAGAACACCAACGUAGAUUAAAUCCUAACAUGAAAGAAGUGGUUAAAAAGGAAGUGCUUAAGCAACUAGAUUCUGGGGUAAUCUAUCCUAUUUCUGAUAGUGAAUGGGUUAGCCCGGUUCAUGUGGUUCCUAAAAAGGGAGGUGUGACCGUAGUUAAGAAUGCAAAUAAUGAACUUAUCCCUACUAGGACGGUUACGGGUUGGAGGAUGUGUAUUGAUUAUAGGAAAUUGAACAAGGCAACCCGAAAAGAUCAUUUUCCACUUCCCUUUAUAGACCAGAUGUUGGAAAGGUUGGCUAGGCAUUCAUAUCUUUGUUAUUUAGAUGGCUAUUUAGGAUUUUUCCAAAUUCCUAUCCAUCCUAGUGACCAGGAAAAGACCACUUUUACCUGUCCCUAUGAGACCUUUGCUUAUAGGCGCAUGCCUUUUGGUCUUUGCAAUGCCCCCGCCACUUUUCAACGAUGUAUGAUGGCCAUUUUCUCUGAUUUUAUAGAGGAUAUUAUGGACGUGUUUAUGGAUGACUUCUCCGUGUAUGGAACUACUUUUGAUGGUUGUUUAUCUAACUUGUCUCGACGCGGAAUUGACGUUGAUCGAUCAAAAGUGGAAGUCAUUGAAAAAUUGCCUCCACCGACGUCAGUUAGGGGAGUAAGAAGUUUCUUGGGACAUGCCGGUUUCUAUCGGCGUUUCAUCAAAGAUUUCUCAAAAAUUUCAAAACCCUUAACUAACCUUCUUCUUAAAGAUGCUACCUUUGAUUUCACUGAUGAAUGUCUUGAUGCUUUUUGUAGGUUGAAAGAAGCAUUGAUAACAGCUUCUAUUAUGCAACCGUCGGACUGGAAUCUCCCAUUUGAAGUCAUGACUGAUGCAAGUGAUUAUACGGUUGGUGCUGUGUUGGGCCAAAGGAAGAACAAGAUAGUUCAUGCAAUUUAUUAUGCUAGUCGCACUCUUGAUGAAGCCCAAGUUAACUACGCUACCACUGAAAAGGAGCUAUUAGCAGUUGUUUUCGCCUUUGACAAGUUCAGGUCUUACUUAGUAGGUUCCAAAGUCAUCGUUUAUACCGAUCGUUCCGCCAUCAAAUAUCUUUUGAGCAAGCAAGAUGCCAAGCCUAGGUUGAUUCGAUGGAUACUACUUUUGCAAGAAUUUGACCUAGAGAUAAAGGAUAAGAAAGGGACAGAAAAUUUGGUGGCAGACCAUUUGUCGAGGAUGAAACCAGAAUCACAUGAUAGGGAGGAGGAUGAACUACCGAUCGACGAAUCUUUCCCAGAUGAUCAAUUGUUAGCCAUAGAAAGAUUGUAUGCACCAUGGUAUGCAGACUUUGUCAACUACAUAGUGUGUGGAGUCUUACCUCCGGAUCUGAGCUAUCAACAGAAGAAGAAAUUCUUUGCUGACUUGAAGUAUUAUUUUUGGGAUGAACCGUUUCUAUACAAACGGUGUGUUGAUGGGAUGUUCAGAAGGUGUAUUCCUGAAGAUGAGUUUGUGAUAUCUUGUGAUAGUUGUCAGAGGACUGGGAAUAUUUCGAAGUGACAUGAGAUGCCUUUACACUCCAUCUUGGAAAUUGAGGUCUUUGAUGUGUGGGGGAUAGAUUUCAUGGGACCGUUCCCGUCAUCGUGUAACAACAAGUUCAUCUUAGUGGCGGUGGACUACGUAUCCAAAUGGGUAGAAGUGAUAGCAUCCCCCACCAACGAUGCUAAAGUUUUUGUGAAACUAUUCAAGAACGUUAUUUUUCCAAGAUUUAGGGUGCCACGGACGGUAAUCAGUGAUGGAGGUUCACACUUCAUAGAAAGAAAAUUCGAAGGUCUUUUAAGACAAUAUGGGGUCACUUUUAAAGUUGCCACGCCAUAUCAUCCUCAAACUAGUGGUCAAGUGGAAGUUUCGAAUCGUGAAAUUAAGAGUAUUUUGGAGAAAACAGUUAAUCGUUCAAGAAAGGAUUGGUCUAUGAAACUCACAGAUGCCUUAUGGGCCUAUCGAACUGCAUACAAAACGCCCAUAGGUAUGACACCAUUCAAAUUGGUAUAUGGCAAAUUGUGUCAUCUCCCAGUUGAGUUAGAGCAUAAGGCGUAUUGGGCUAUCAAACUGCUCAAUUUCGAUAUGAAGACCGCAGGUGAGAAAAGAAAGCUUCAACUUCAUGAGCUAGAUGAGCUACGAUUAGAUUCCUAUGAGAAUGCUCGCAUUUAUAAAGAAAAUACUAAACGAUGGCACGAUAAGAAUAUCCUUCGAUGA